CGGCGACUGGGGUGGCCCGAUGCCGGGCCUGGUGGCGUUCCGCCGCCGGUGGGGCAUCGGCAGCGAUGACUUGGUGGUGCCCGGCGCCUUCUUCUUCAUCCUGCAUGCCAUCUGGCUGAUCGUGCUGUCGGUGGUACUGGGCGUGGCUGAGCUGAGCUCAGACGUCCAGUGCCAGAGCCAGCUGUUCGAGUACAUCGUCGGCUACCUUGUGAUCCUGAGCGGAUGUCUGCUGCUGGAGGCGUGCAUCGUCGGCGUCAGCAUGCGCGGCACCAUCCUGGAUACGGCGCCGCGCGAGGCCACCCAGUACCUGCUCUACAUUCGGCUAGGCGUGAUGGUGAUCGAGAUCGCCUGGCUGGUGGUCGGCGUGAUCUGGCUGGUCAAGUACUACAACUCGUGCCAGGCGCCCACCGCCAGGGAAGCGGUGAUGGGCGUGGUGGUCUGCAACUGGAUCUCGGUCACCAGCACGCUCAUCAUGGUCUGGUGCACCUUCGACCCGGCCGGCCGCUCCUGGGUCAAAAUGAAAAACUACCAGCGCACGAUGAAGGACGGCCAGAAGAAGUUCCAGUACAAACGGUCGGGCAGCCACCACAGGAACUGGCGCCAGAGGAAGGUGUUACGUGCCUACCGCGACUCCUGGGACAGCAGGUGUCGCAUGCUCUUCUGCUGCAUGGACCGGUCCGACAGGAACCAGAACUCCUUCGCCGACAUCGCCCAGCUGCUGUCCGAGUUCUUCCGAGACCUGGACGUCGUGCCAUCCGACAUCGUGGCCGGCGUCGUGCUGCUGCGCAAGGUGCAGAAGCUGGAGCGCAACAACAUCGUCAAGUCGACCUCCAACGACACGUACGAGUUCCUGUCGGGCGUGCAGGUGACCCCGACCUCGACCUUCCUAGCGCUCAACAGGCCUGACCAGCUGGCCUUCUUCAAAGACGUCAUCCACUACAUGCGGUUCGCCAUGUCGAUCUACGGCUGGCCGGUGUUCAUGAUGCAGCAUUCGAGCAGUGGCUGCUGCCGGCUCUGCCCCUAUCUCAAGUGCGGCUGCAAACGGCUGCACACUGGCGCCGAGAUUGUGGAGGACAACUGCUGCAUGUGUAAUUCGGCCGCCACGCAAAAGAUGGCGCCACUGGAGGACGUAGAAUUGGUGUACGUCACGUACCACGUUGAUAUUGGAGAGACGCCGUUCAUGGUGGCGGUGGACCAUGACAGACAAGUGGUGAUUGUCUGCAUCAGGGGCACUAUGUCAACCAAGGACGUGGUGACGGACCUCGAGUGUGAGGGGGAGCCGAUUCCCACCAACCCGGUCAGGGACGACUGGCUCGGCCACCGGGGCAUGGUGCAGACGGCCGAGUACAUCCGGGACAAGCUGGCCGCUGAGCGGCUGCUGGAGCGGGCGUUCGCGGCGACGCGGCGCGGCCCGUCCGCCUACCGGCUGGUGCUGGUCGGCCACUCGCUGGGCGCCGGCACGGCCGCCAUCUUGGCCAUCCUGCUGCGUGAUACCCACCCCGAGCUGCGCUGCUUCGCCUACUCGCCGCCAGGCGGCCUGCUCAGUAUGCCGGCGGUGGAGCACACUAAGGAAUUCAUCACGUCCGUGGUGGUGGGCAAGGACGUCGUGCCGCGCAUAGGCCUGCACCAGCUGGAGCAGCUGCGCUCAGACCUGAUGGACGUCAUCAAGCAUAGCAAGCAGUCCAAGUGGCGAGCCAUCGGCGGCGGCCUCUCGCUGCUGCAGCGGCGCACCGCCGGCCGUCAGCUGUCGGCGCACCCCAGCGACUCAACCAUCGCGCUCACCGUCCACCAGCCGCUGUACCCGCCGGGCCGGGUGAUGCAUGUGGUGCGGCACCAUCCGGCGGCGCGCGGGAAGCGGGUGAAUCGCUCGGAACCCGUGUACCAGGCCAUCUGGGUGGAGAAUGACUCGUUCGACGAGGUGCUCAUCUCGCCGGUCAUGAUCCAGGACCACAUGCCGGAUAAGGUGCUGCAGGCGCUGGAGAAGGUGCUGAGCUGCGUCGGCCCCGCCAAACCGGUGCGGACGUUGCCGGGCCGAGGAGCCGCGCUGGCCGAGGAGCUCCGCCCGCUGGUGCCCUGCCCU